AUGGGUGUUAUAAAAAGAGUAUCUACCUGGUCCCAAGAUGGGAAGCUAGACUAUCUCUCGGUCAAUCCUACGAGAGAUGAAGUGGCCCAUUAUAAAGUCGAUCCAGAAGACGAAACUGACCAGUCCAUAUCGAGACUCAAUGUAGUGAAGGACUUUGACAAGAUUACAUGCCUGAGCAACUCAGAUACUGAACUGGGGCUCUUAGGUGUCGGGGAGAAGAGUGGAAUGGUUCGAAUUAUGAAUAUGAUUUACGAUUUCACGGGACAGGGCACUUCACAGCUUCGAGUGAGAGCUAAACAACAGAGAGCUGUGAACACUUUAGGAAUGAGUAACGGUGGUUUGAUAGCUAUGGGACUAGACCGAAAUCGUAGCGACGCUUCAUUACAGGUGUGGGAUGUUAAUUACCAAAGCACCGACUCGGACGUUGUCAACCCAUCAUUCUCCUACUGUAUGAACGAAACCGUGGUAUCACUCAAAUUCUUAGACGACACCACGCUCAUAGCGGGUACGAAUAAGCUUUUGAAGGAAAUUGAUCUAAGGUCUCCGAAUCCGGCUUACCAGCAUCCAACGCGAUUAUCUUACGAUAUCAAGCUCAACCCAUUUAACAUGUGGCAAUUUACGACCUACGGUGACGAUGGAACUCUCUCGAUCUGGGACAGGCGUAAACUUGGCUUGAGUUUGUCGUCCAACGAAUCUAUAGAGACUCAGCCACUCCUCAAAUUUGAAAAACUGAUGGGCGCCGGGGUUGCCUCGAGGAAAUAUAGCAACUCGUGUUUUCGAUGGUCGGCAGUCCGUGGUAACGAGUUUACUACUUUGCACGGCGGACAAAUCAUCAGAAGAUGGCGGCUGGGUAGCUUUCCCACUCAAAUAAAUGGUAACGAUUCCAAUGGAAACGCGGAAAAUCCUACCCAAAGUGAUUCCCUGUUCAUAUCUACUGUCCAUGACAUAAACACAACAUACGAUAGAGUUGUGACGUUUGACUACAUCCCUCGAGAAGACGGAUGUGCGAACUUCAUAUGCAUGAGACAGUCAGGAACCCUGUUUAGAAUGGCCUUGAGAGAAAGUUUAUCAAAGACCGCUUUCAACUGCGAUAAUAACCUACUCAUCGCAAAUAAUGAACGAACUAAUGUAGAAGAACUGAGAGUUGCGAACAUGGAUGAGACAGUAAGAACUAACGACAAAGAAGCGGCACAGAAGAAUCUAUCUUUCGAAGACCUAGAUUUGAGCGACGAAGAUGAUUCUUUGAUAGGGGGAGUGAAAAACGACACCGAUGCAAAUGGCAUAGAUUCUUCAGGUACUAGUUCCAGAAGUAGCGACGACCAAAAAGAGACCAAACAUCUCGUGGCAUCCGAUGGGGGGCUUGGCUUUCUUUUGAGGCCAGAAGUAUUACUUCAAAAUGACAUUAGCAUGAUAAUGAAAAGACGCGCGUUGCUAAACUAUGGGCUGGACCCUCUGAAGACGGUGGAGCUCAUUGACGCAUCCAAGUCCCUACAGAAUAAUGCUUAUAUCAGAAACACGUGGAGAUGGUUGUCGAUCGUGAAGGCGUCGGUUGAUGACGGAACUAUGGUUUCGGGCGAACUUGAUCUAGGCUAUGAAGGAAUUCUCGGCAUUUGGAAUGGUGUGGAAGGUCUUUCGCGGCAAGGUACAAUCUUAACGGAGAAGCAGCUGAGUAAAGAACUGGAAAAGAUUAUUCGAAUGAAAGGAAAAUAUAGAUCAAAAAUGGGCGAAUCCAAGGGCACAACAUCAUUCAUCAAUUCUUCCAAGCCUAUUCAGCGAAAACUAUGCAUGAUUGUUUCAGGCUGGGAUUUGCAUCCUUCUGAUUAUGAAGAGAAAUAUAAGGGUAUGAUCAAAGCCAAUCAUUAUGAAAAAGCUGCAGGUUGGGCAGUCUUUUUCGGUGAUGUUACGAAGGCUAUCGAGAUUCUGAGUUCUGCAAAGAAAGAGAGGCUGCGCUUGAUCGCUACUGCAAUUGCAGGCUACCUCGCCUAUAAGGACCAAUCCGGAAAUAAUGCCUGGAGGCAGCAAUGCAGGAACAUGUCGUCGGAGUUGGACGAUCCUUAUCUCCGAGUUAUCUUUGGGUUUAUUGCGGACAAUGAUUGGUGGGACAUUUUAUCCGAAUCUGCCAUUUCGCUAAGAGAAAGGCUGGGAGUCGCAUUACGAUUUUUGAAUGAUAAGGACCUCACUCGGUUUUUGCAGAGAACGGCCGAGUCCGUAAUUUCCAAUGGAGAACUAGAAGGCCUGAUCUUGACUGGUAUAACACCUAGUGGUGUGAAGCUGUUGCAGUCGUAUGUCAACAAGACUAGUGAUGUCCAGACUGCAGCACUCUUGUCCAUAUACGGGUGCCCACGGUACUUCAAGAGCCCCCAUGUUGACGAGUGGGUGCACACAUAUCGUAUGAUGCUCAAUUCGUGGGAGCUUUUCCCAGUCAGAGCUAAGUUUGAUGUUUUGCGUGGCAAGUUAUCGCGAACCGCUCGCUCUCCGUUAAAGGGCAGUUGUCGACCUCGUCAGCUUUACAUUCAGUGUCCCAAAUGCAGCAAAAAUAUCAACAAUCCAGUGGAUCUUUCUACAACUUCUCUAGGCUCAAGCACAAGCUCCGGUGCAAUGAAAAGCUUCGGUAGUGGAGGCGGCCCAAAAAAGUUUGGUCUCAACAAUGCUUCACCGUCAAAUGCUGCAUUUCAAAAACAUUCAUGUCCGCAUUGUGGAACACCCUUUCCACGAUGCGCUAUUUGCUUGUUGCCGCUGGGUACGGCCAAUUUGCCCAUUGUUAUCAGCGGCCGAGACAGAGGUCAGACUGAGCAGGACGAAAAUUCACAAAGCCUACACGAUGCUCGUCGACUAAAGCUUAAUGAAUGGUUUAGCUUUUGCCUGGCGUGUAAUCAUGGUAUGCACGCGGGUCAUGCCGAAGAAUGGUUCGAAAAACACUUCACAUGUCCAGUUCCAGGUUGUACUUGCCAUUGUAGCCAAUUUUAA